UUUGUCGCUUGACCCGCCUUAUCCAUUUGAGCGCCUAUCGAUCUGCCCUACCGUCUCAUUAGCGGCGGGGGCAACAAUGGCGGCGAUGCCGGCGGCGGCGGCUUGCAGCUGGCGCAAAGAUAUUGGCCGCGAAGACAAGAUCUCGCUGGACAGUGGCUCUUCUUCUCACCGGCCAACGGCGACGACGACAGUGGCCGGCUUCGUUUCCGUCGCGCGACGACCAUACUCAAAAUCAAAUCAAUGGUUCGCUCAUGUAUCUCUUCUUUCGGCUUCCAGGUGGCUGGCAUGGCCUGCCGCGUCGCUAGUGGAUGAGCGUCAUGCGAGAGAACAGUGGCGCCCAAUUCUUCCCAAUCGAUGGUGGAGUCUCGUCCAAGUUUCCAACCGUAAGCAGCUGGCCCACGAAUCAAAUGCUAAGUACCCGAUCGAUUGGUCUCAUUACCAUCUGCUUGCAUAUAUUCCUCAUGGAAGCAGUUUAAUCCCAUUGAGCCGGAUUGAUUCUGCCGGCUCUACUCUUCUGAAUCCUUUCAGUUUUCCAGAAUAUCCAAGGAUGCAAUGCAUGUAAAUUUGUGUGACUGAGGAGAGCCUCCAUGCGAUCUCCAGAAGCAUAGUUGUGUUAUCUGCAGUUUUCUGGCAGACAUAAUCCUUUUCUUUGUAGCAUAACCUUUUUGAAGAUCUAAAAGUAGUUGCAUAGUCCUUUUUGCUUGAUCGGUAUACAUGUUUCUAUUAAGAUGCGAAUUUAUGUACUCAUCUAGCAAUGCAUAUUAAGCAUGCUGGCCAGAUAGACCAAUACUUCCAUAUGAAGAAGCAGUAUACACUUCUUUGGCAAUA